GCCAAAACUUCUUCAAUCUCAGUAGUCAGUUCACUUACAAUUUUCAUCAACCAAACCCCAAAAGAAACUCUACUAAAAUCUCAUCAAAACAAAAAUGGGCUUCACUAGUUAUGCAGAAAUUUCUGAAUCACUUCAUCGUACUCGCAAAUUCUUCCUUAUAUGCAACUACAUUCUUCUUGGUGCAGCUUCCAGUUGCAUUUUCUUGACCCUUUCUCUUCGCCUUAUCCCUUCUCUCUGCGGCUUUUUCCUCAUUCUUCUCCACAUUUUCACAAUUGGGGGCGCAGUCUUUGGCUGCGCAGCUGUUUCCACUUCCUCAGGAACUGGAAAAUGGUAUGGACCCCACAUGGUUUCAACUGUUUUAACUGCCAUUUUACAGGGUUCUGUUUUUGUGCUGAUUUUUACAAGAACGGGUGAUUUUCUUGGAAAGUUGAAGUCUUAUGUUAGGGAAGAAGAUGGUGAGAUGAUUUUGAGAUUGGGUGGUGGAUUGUGUGCUUUGAUAUUUUGCCUUGAGUGGGUUGUGCUUACACUUGCAUUUUUCUUGAAAUAUUAUUCUUAUGUGGAAGGUGAUGGUAAUGUUGUUGGUGGAUCAAUUUCUAUGAAAAGAAGUGCUAAAGUUCAAGAUGAGGAAGAUAUCAAGAAUUGGCCAUGGCCUUUUCAAGUCUAAGUAGUAAUAUAAAUUGGUCUUUUCUUGGAUAUGUUUUUGGGGGGUGUGGGAUAAAGCUAUAUAUAUCAUAGCUUCAAUGACCUGUUCAUUCAUUUGUUAUUUUCUUAUUUUCUUUUGUUUGUGUGAGUUGUGUUCUUUGAUGGUUCAUUAUAUACAUAUAUAUGUUCUUUUGUAAA